AUGGUAAAGCGAAAGCUAAACGAGCACGAUGUGCCAGAAGAAACAUCAGGCGACGAGUCGCACUCCCACCCCAGCAGCUCGCCCGAACGUGCGCUACCUGCGACGACCGCGACCGAGACCGCGACAGCGAACACUACACCAAAGAGCAAGAAGAACUCGGAUAAUGCCAAGGCAAAGAAUCAAAUAACCGUGGCAUCAUUUGCUGAACUCCAGCUUGAGCCUCGCCUGUUGAGGGCAAUUCGCGAUCUGAAAUGGGCAUCGCCCACAGCAGUGCAAUCGCAGGCCAUACCGCUAGCGCUCGAGGGUCGUGAUAUUCUUGCUAGGUCAGGCACAGGCACAGGAAAGACGGGCGCAUAUCUGCUCCCCAUCCUACAUAAGACUCUGCAACGGAAGCAGACUUCUCUCAUUCUGGCGCCCACAAGAGAGUUGUGUCAGCAGAUCGCAAACGUCGCCAAGUCCCUCUCACAACACUGCGGCCAAGAAAUCAGAGUGCGCAACAUUGCAGGCAAGGAGUCAGAUGCUGUCACAAAAGCUGCUCUUGCCGACAAGCCAGAGGUCGUUGUAGCCACGCCAGCAAGGGCAUGGACAAAUAUCAACAACUCCACAUUGGCGGUCAAUGACCUCGGAACAUUGGUGGUGGACGAGGGUGACUUGAUAAAUGGCUAUGGAUUCGCUGAAGAUAUGGAGAACAUCGCUCGUGAGAUACCAGUUGGAGUCCAGAAGAUUGUUCUCUCAGCCACUCUCUCGACAGACGUGGAGGCUCUAGGUAGUCUGCUGUGCACCGACCCUGUUGUUCUCAAGCUGGCAGAUCUCGACAAAGACUCGCAAAAGGUCAAGCAAUAUGUUCUGAAGAUCGCCGAAGACGAAAAAUUCCUUCUGAUCUACGCCAUGUUCAAGUUGCAACUGAUCAAAGGCAAGACGAUUGUAUUCGUUGGCGACGUCGACAGGUCAUACCGCGUUAAGCUCUUCCUUGAACAAUUCGGAAUCAAGAGUUGCGUACUGAAUUCAGAGCUCCCACUUGCAUCGCGCACACAUAUUGUGGAGGAGUUCAACAAAAACGUGUACAAUAUUCUAAUUGCGAGCGAUGAACACGAUGUCGUUGGAGUCCAGGAAGACGACUCAAAGCCCAAGAAGAAGAAGGCCAAGAGGAAUAACGACAGCAAAGAUUCAGGUGUUUCUCGAGGCAUUGACUUCCUGAAUGUCGCCUGCGUCCUCAACUUUGACUUCCCUGCCUCGUACAAAUCUUACUUCCACCGCAUAGGAAGGACAGCACGUGCAGGAAAGUCUGGAACCGCCAUCUCCUUCAUCAUUCCCAGCGACAAAUUCAGGAAACACAAGCCCACGACUUUUCUCGGAUCUGAGCAUGAUGAAGACGUCCUGAAGAAGGUGGAGAAACACCAACAAGAAGGCCAAAAGCUGGAGAACUACAACUUUGACAUGAAGCGCCUGGAGCCAUUCCGAUACCGAUUUGCAGAUGCCUUGAAGUCGGUAACAAGGAUUGCUAUUCGGGAAGCCCGUAUCAAGGAGAUUCACUCAGAACUCGCAAAGUCACAAAAGCUUUCGAGAUACUUUGAAGAGAACCCUGAAGCGCUCGCGCAUCUCCGCCACGACCAGACACUCAAUCACCCAGCUAGGAUACAACCGCAUCUUAAGCACAUCCCAGACUAUCUCUUGCCUGGUGGAAAGAAGCCUGAGGACAUUGGGUUUGUCGGCAUCAAUCUCCCCAAGCCGGACAGGAAGAAAUACAUCAAGGGCAGGGGGAGGAAGGUAGUAAAGAGGAACGGAAAGGUAGAUCCGUUGAAGACAUUUAACGCACGAGGAAAAGGAAAGAAAUAGAGCUUGUCUGUGUUGUUCUUGAAUGACUGGUUUGGACCGUCGGCAGAAAAAUAGCUCAAGCCGCGACUUAUUCGUGAAUGCGAUACAUGCUGCGAGUCAUGAUAUCUGUCUUCUUUUGUCGGUUGCGCUU